UCCCAACCGCCCGCACCGGCUGCCAGGCAGCUGCUGGGAUGGCGAGCCGCGGAGCCGCGGCCGUGACGAGAGCAGCGGUUCCGCCAUUGGACGAGGAAGCCUGAGGGACGGGCCAGCGUGGUGAAAAAGGAGAGACCGGGGCAGGUGGCCCCGAGAGAGCGAGGGCAAUGGAGGCCAACAUGCCGAAGCGGAAGGAGUCUGGCAAGUCCCUGCGCAUCAAAGUCAUCUCCAUGGGCAACGCCGAGGUGGGAAAAAGCUGUAUUAUAAAGCGAUACUGUGAGAAAAGAUUUGUGUCUAAAUACCUUGCAACAAUUGGAAUUGACUAUGGAGUCACAAAGGUACAAGUCAGAGACAGAGAAAUCAAAGUUAACAUCUUUGAUAUGGCUGGACAUCCCUUCUUCUACGAGGUUCGUAAUGAAUUUUACAAGGACACACAGGGUGUGAUACUUGUCUAUGAUGUUGGGCAGAAAGAUUCCUUUGAUGCUCUUGAUGCGUGGCUGGCAGAAAUGAAGCAGGAUCUUGGACCUCAUGGAAACAUGGAAAAUAUUGUAUUUGCAGUGUGUGCCAACAAGAUCGACUGUGCUAAGCACCGCUGCGUUGAUGAAAGUGAAGGACGUCUUUGGGCUGAAAGCAAAGGGUUCCUGUACUUCGAAACUUCGGCUCAAACUGGAGAAGGAAUCAAUGAGAUGUUCCAGACCUUUUAUGUAUCCAUAGUUGAUUUAUGUGAAAAUGGCGGGAAACGUCCUAUCACAAACAGCAGUGCUAGUUUCACCAAAGAGCAAGCAGACACCAUUCGCAGAAUUCGAAAUAGUAAAGAUAGUUGGGACAUGUUGGGAGUCAAACCUGGGGCCUCAAGGGAUGAAGUCAAUAAAGCAUAUCGGAAGCUUGCUGUGCUGCUUCACCCUGACAAGUGUGUAGCGCCUGGCAGUGAAGAUGCCUUCAAAGCCGUUGUGAAUGCCCGAACAGCCCUCCUGAAAAACAUCAAGUAGAAAGCAGAAAAACAGACAAGUGUGGGCCUCAAGUCCAAACAGACUUUCCCUAGAGGUAAAAUCGCCAACAUGGUUUUUUCCUCCACAAAAUCUUACAGCUCUUUUCACUCAUGUGCUGUCCUUUGUAAAUUAGGAACUCGGGUGCCUGUUACCAUGUCAUAGAUGUUUUACAGAGAGAAGAAGUGAAGAGAACCAAGCGCCACUUAUACAGUAUCGUUCAUUUCCUACUUCUGAGUGAUGUAAGAUUUUUUUCUCAUGAGUUUGUAAGCUCUGCCAGUGUAGCAUCCCUUAGGCAUUUUGCUCAGGAAAGUGCAUGAGGUUUCUGGAAGGAGGAUAGGAGGAUCCUUUCGCUUUUUCUUUUUUAAAAACAUUCAUCAUCAGAGAAGUGGUAUUUUAAACAUCAAUCUGUAAUUAAUGAACUCUUGGCAGCCUUUUGGAAGUGAAACAAGGUGAUACAGUUCUGAACUGAGCGACCCUUUUAUAGCAUUCACUCUGUUCCCCUCCUCCAGCCACCAGGGGGAGAAACCAGCCAGUCCUAAGAGAGGAAAGGUGGCGGCGGCCACAAGUUCUGGUACACUGGCUGCUGCUAGUCGUGCCCCUGGAUCUGAGGCCUUUUCCAGUCGUGGAAAGAAUGCGGGCAGCUGUAGGGAACAUCAUCACCUAGGAAUCAGGAAUCAGACCCCAAGACAGCAGGGCCUGCAGGUCACACUAGAUUGUGCACACGUGCCCAGAGGGCACGGCCAAACAUGCCUGGCUCUGGCAUGUUUGAUGCCCUCGGAGAGCCCCUAUAUGAGGCUUAUGCCUCCUUUGUUUCUGCAUCACUUGCCAUAACAGGUGGGAAAGGCAGGGGUACUGGGCCUCCUCUUCCCUUGCUCUUCAGUGUCAGUUCCCUCCUUCUUCCCUCUUCUCUUCCGGUCUUGUUUUUUACUGCACCACACCUGCCACCAUUUCUCUCUUCUUGAAUCCCUGCCUUCCGUCUCUUGCCUCCUCCAUCUCCUGUGCAGACUUCACCUGGGCCUGGCUGACCAGAGACGAGUAUGGUUCCUUUGGGUGGUGGACGGAGAGAUCUUAAGGUCUGUGUGGCAGAAAUCUGUGUUACUCUCGCUUGGGUUCCAAAUUUCUGAUUAAUAUUUUUAAGCUACAGAUUAUGAAAAUUAACUUCACCUAGUGGAAUCCAUCCCCUUGCCAUAGUAUCUUCCUCAGUAUCCAAGAGGCGGAUGAAGAUCAAGUGUCAGCACCGGGCCUUCUUCCAGAGCUUACAGGACCAGUGUCACUGCGGGGCUCGUUCCACCAUCACUCUCAUGUUACUCAGAUGUUUAGCUGUGACCAGGCUGCACUGAUCAGGGCUUUAAUUCAAUAUGAAUUUUUAAACAGCUAUUCCAUAUUGACCACCAAGUAGCAUUCAGCUUACCACCUGAGAAGAAAAACCACUUUCGUUUAAUUCAAGCCCACCGCAGUCUUCUGGACUCUUCCCUUCCCCAAAGCAGCUUUGCUCCCUCGAGCAGCAUUGAGCUGGUUGUCAGGAGACCAGAGCAUUGUUUUCUAGUAUGAGUUUUCAUCUUGGUGAUAUUAAAGUGCUUUUUUUUCCCUAUAAAUUGAGAUACAAGAUAUGAUUUCUUGUGGGAUUUUCCCCUGGCCUUUUAAUUUUAAUUAGCUUCUGGGCCUGUAGAACUCCAGCCCAAAGUUCUUCGGGGCCUAAAUUUUGCUUCAGGCCUUCAUGAUGCCUAAAGUAAUUAAACAUUGAUCUGUUCUUGCAGCGGAACUUAGGAGUCAUGUGAAUGACAGACCGUGCAUGGUGGUGUCAGCCCAAAUUGACAUGACAGCUCACUGAGUAUGUGGCCCUGGGUGAAAACUGGUGCCAGUUUUCAUCAUUGUUAUUAAAUACCACAUUGGUCACCUCAUUCAGCUACAUGGUGCAGGUGAGCAGUUAUAGCAGAGGGGGGGUUCUUUAGUGCCUCCAGUCACAUCCUUAUACAAUGAGUGGCUUGUUGAAAUUUAGCCUGAUCUUGAUUCUUAGGUCUUGAGACUCAGUUCCCAACACCUUGAUUAUUAGUGUUAAGGAUGGCCGUGUACUACUUCAUGUAUGUAAAAGAAAGAAAAGAAAGUUAAGCUUCAGGGUCCUAGAAUUUUUCUGAUUUCCAUAAUCCUUGAGUAGACUAUCAAGAAGUAAUACAGCCUGAUCUGCAAUGAAAAGUCACUUCAUGAAAAACUUUGCAGACCUCUGUGCACUAAUUUAAAUUCUUGGUGCAAAUAUGUACUUUGUAGUUCAGCCUUAUUAAAAUUCUUCAGCCAGUUAGGAUUGCACAGUCCAUCAGCGAGAGUUACAACUGGCAGAAGUGUUUCAAUGGCUAAAAAAAAAUUUACAGAGAAUCUUGUGUUUUUCAAGAAAAGAAUAAAAAGUUUGAACAGCUAUUAUGCAAGAAAAGCCAUUUCUUCUGCAUCUGAGUCACCAAGAAUUAACACUUUUAAAGCUUGUUAGAAAUCCCUGGAGGCUUUUGAAAUUAAUCGUCCAACCUACCUAAGAACUUUAAAAUACACCCUCCUUUUGUUCCUCUGUUCCUCUUUCAUGCCUCCUUUUGAACUGAUAUUCUCAGCUGUCAACAUUUCUUUUACUUCAGCAUCGUCAUUUUAUUUUUUCACAUAAAUGUGUGCCUGGUUUUGUUAGCCCUUUAACUUAAAAGUCCAGACUUGGGGGUGUUGUGCUGCUACCCAAGAUAAAUUGCUGUAAUUCUGUAGAUUGCACUCUGUUCUUUAAGGCUCGCAUUUACCUCAGGAAACUCACUCUAGUGUGGUUUUUUUUUUUGCAUUGAAUUCCCAACUGGUAAAUAUUUCUUUAUACUGAUUCACUGUUCACUAAAUGAGCCAUAGAUAAGGCUUCUAAAUUUCUGAAAGAAAGCCAGAGUUAAGUGGGCAGCCCCUGUAAGCUCUGAAUCAGUAAUGAGGUAGCUGUUCCUCAUAGAACAAUGACAGAAUCUUGAGGGGAAAGAGGUAUUUCCAUCUCAAGUUAGAAAGGGUGGGGCUGUGUGCACAUUGCCUUUGACAGGGACAGUGUCCGUCCCAUAAGCAAUUUCACUGGGUCCUGGGAUGUCACCCCCUUCUCCACCACACUCCAUCCAGCUCACUCUGAGUCUGCCAACGUUUUCGUAAAACUUUUGCAGAGGAAUUUAGCCGUGAAAUACAGCUAACCUACCUUCCACUGCAACUUUUUCAAAGUGUAAAGGGGUUCGUAUUUCUCAUGAUUGGUACUUAGCACAAUUGUAAGAGACAGUUAAUACUGUUUAUAUGUUGGUUUUUCCAUUAAGCAUUUCUAGAGAAGAUGAAAGCUUAAACUUGUGGUGUGGAUAAGUUAGAUUGUGUCUGACAAGCAGUGCAAUAUGAAGCCAUGCAAUAAAGGCCGUGUUGGUGAAGUGACUCGCUGGAAGGUUGGGCAGUUUGGGUUAGCUUCCUGCAGCGAUUGCCCGCCGGGCAGUCUGCCCUUGGGCCGGGAAUGCAGAGUCUCUAAAGAAACCCUUUGCUCUUACGAGGUAAUUUACAUACUUGCUUUCUGUUGAAAUAACGGAAAAUGUUAAAACAGCUGUUUAUGUCUUGUAUAGAGAGUGUCAUAUGUAU